GUCACGCCGAGCCCUUCGCUUGCGCGGAAGUGUCGUCCCGACCACCUUCUUGUUAGCGUUCAGCUUUCGGUUCUUCUUUUAAUCUGAAGCGUUCACUGCUUAACCCCAUGGUUGCACGGCGAUAAAAGAGGUCGGCUCCGCCGUCACUGGCUGCCGGCUGCGGUGCGAGCCAAACAGAAACAUCGCCACGAGGGAGACGAUCUCCGCAGGUGCUAGUCUCUCACGGCACUUGGAACCACAAGUCGGCUGAGGCUAUACGGGGCACGCGCUCCCGGCUCAUUAGUCGCACAAAAUAAAAACAACGUAGCACUCCCCAAACGAGAUAAACGUCGCCCUUCAUGGGAACAACGGGGGGCCGUUGCCCUCCCUCCGCCCGCCUCUGAAUUCGCCGCGUCACCCGAGGACUUCACCGUACCCACACGCAGACUCGCGGCCGCCCAUGGACCAGCGGCACAAGCUGACGCUGCGGCGGCUGCGCACGCAGCUGGCGACGGAUAUGUGCGCCGAGUCGGCGAGCCAGUACCUGUACCAGGAGGGCAUCAUCUCGGCGCAGCAGAUGGAAGAGGUCCUGGCGGAGCGCGGCUCCCGGCGACGCGCCUACCGCCUGCUGGACGAGCUGCCGCGGCGCGGGCCGCGGGCCUUUGCGGCGCUGUGCGAGGCGCUGCGGGAAGAGUCCCCGUGGCUGCUGGAGCGCAUCACGCGCGAGGAGAGCGCCGUCGGUCGGGAGGAGGCCGCGCGGGGCGACCCCCUCGACGGCGUGCUGGCGCAUUUCUCUCCCGAGUAUUUGGACUCUCCUCCCGACGAGAAGGAGCUGAGCGACCUGGCCGCCUCGCUGGGGCCCGAGUGCGAGCACCUGGUGUCGGUGCUGGGCGUCUCGCAGGCCCGGGCCUACCGCUGCCGCGUGGCUCACCCUCACAGCGCGCACGCCCAGACACUCGCCAUGCUGCUAGCGUGGCGCCAGGGCGCCGGCAGCGCCGCCACGCGCCGGGCCCUGUGCGUCGCUCUGCAGCAAGCCGAGGUCGACCUGCACACCGUCUUCUCUCUGUCACCGUGACCCCACCCCCUCCUAAAGCAUUGUGACGCCCGUAUAAGUUGGGACUCUCCGCUGAUGACGAGAUGUUAACUGCCUCGCCCGGUAUACAGGAGGUCGUGGGUUCGACCCCGACCCUGACGCCUGCUGCUGUAUAUUUGGAGUUUUAAUGUUUCUCUUCCCGUGGCCGCGUGGAUUUUUCUCCGGGUCCUCCCGUUUUUCUAUCGACAUUUAGAAUCGACGUGCGUUUUGGAGUAUUUGGCUCCUGCUAUACAUUUCCACGUGAUAAGCCACUUCGUUGAGCUAUCAUUUGUGACGAGGUUGCUUCUGGAAAAAAAGCUCUACAACUCAGUGGGCCCGACCUGGUAAAAUAAGACAGUGGUAGUAAGUUGAACCUUGGGAUCAGUACUGUGUAGGAUACAGUUUGACUCGGGGUACAAACAUCUGAUCUGUGGGGUCAGAAUUGGGCCCGGGCUUUAAAUUACCACAGUGGGGCGGAAGUUCAAAUAUUUUAUAUAGUGGUCUGGCCCCUGGGGUCAGAAUUGUACGGGGCAUGCUGUCACUUUCAUACCACGUUUGUGACGCCAGGUGAGACGGUGGAGCAGACCUUGACCAAGUGGGCAAGGCUUGCGAUGCCACCCUGGCUGCCGAUAUAGCAUGAGGAGAUGUACAUUUUUUUUUACGUUUGAAAAUUAUGUCGGGAUGUUUUAUAAUUUUAUAGGGGUCGUAGGGUUAUGGCGCUUAAUUAAAAUGCCAACACACUGUUACUUUGAGCUUAUAAUGAUGGUGGGAUGAAUGGAUUAGGACUAAUAUUUACACUGCGUGCGAAGAAUUGUGCGUGUAAGAAUUGAUAAUUUAGGAUGUAUGCAAAUGAUGUGCAAGUGAUGUGCCCUUGUUAAGAUUUUGCGAGCAGCGCAAACAGCCAAAAAAACAAACGAUACAAAUGGGAUUGUAAAAUUACAAAAAACUACUUAUUCACGAAUCGCAAAUGCAGACAAUUCACGAUGUUGCCAUGGUGGGUGAAUCGUUGCGUGCCUACUAUUUUCUGCAACAGGCAUCUACUUUGUUAUCACCACUGCCAUGGGAACGUGGCAUUUCCAUCACCGGUUCAGGGACCGCCUACAAAAAUAAUCUCCGCCCGGCACUCAUUUGAUUACCGGGACGAAGCCUUUGACUCUGCGAAGCUCGAACCCAUUUCUGCGAAAGCGUGGAUGAAUCCUCGCCUCGUCUCGCGGAGUUUCGGGGCACGGAGCGCGGGGAAGCGUCCCCUGCGUUCACCCGUUUAGCCGACGGCAACGCGCCAAGUCAAAUGCGUUAGACGCCCGACUGAGCUAUGAGAACAUCCCAUUUCGCCUGUCAGCGUCGCCUCCUCUCUGCUCAACCCCGCUCCUCAUUCCCCCCCCCCCUGCCUCACGCGCGGGGGAUGAAAUUAUAUGACUGCUGCCGCUUUUGCCGCUUCAGCCGAUUAACGGGAGAAUAUUACCGCGGGCGUCUGCGGCGGCUCGGUCCUCUGGCUAGUGACUCACGCGCCCCCCCCCCCGGCCCCCCCCCCCUUUCCUUGCGCUGCGUUCGCAGCCGUCGUGACUACGCAAACGCCCCCCCCCCCCCCCCCUCCCUGACAGAUGCCUUUGCCUUUAUCAGGCCCCGCUUGAGCCGGGGGCGAUUUGUCUCGAGUCACGGCGGACCACACGCUCGAGCGGAAAAUUAAGCGGAGCGCGUCCGAACUCCGUUAGAUCCCCAUCGCGCGAUCGACCCAAGCGUGCUCGUUAUCAAUUAACGAUACCGCUGUAGCUGUCAUCGUUAACGGCCGUUCCCGUGACGAUGGAACGAUGCGUUUCAGGAACGGUCUAGCGACAUCUCCCAACUCGGUUUGUAACGAUCUGCACCCCUCCCCCAUCCCCACAACGCCCCAUCACACCGUGGCUGCAGGGGUCAGAUAAACCAAUUCCAAGCGUUUCUCAAUGAGGCUUGUAACGAUUUGCCCCCUCAUCCUACGCCCCCUCCGUGAUGUGAUGAAAGCUCCACACACACACGAGGCACUUUUCUCUUGGCCACACCUCCCACCCAAUGCCCCCCCCCCACCCCUCCCGCCGCUUACAAUACCUGAUAAGCACUGCUGAUCACCCAUCCAAAUAUGAGCUGUGCUUAAUCCUGCUUAGCUGUUGAGAUGUGUAAUAUAGGAUGAUAUGGUCGUAGAUACUUCAUUAUUAAACUGCACUUUACCAAAGACGCAAUCAAGUUCAUCGAACGUGACCAAAAUAAUCGGUAACAUUUGUAAGCGAUACAAAAUGUGGUUUGUUGGUCAUUGCUUUCGGAAAUGGGUUUGCCUACAGUGGUGAAGAGUUACAAUGUGGGGGCCUUGAAAACACUGGCAAACGGAGACACGCUGUACAUUGGACGAUGGGUUUUCGGAUUAAACAUUUAAAAACGUUAUGCCCAAUUUAGGAUUUUUAUUCCAGACUUUGGUAUAUUCGCAUGUGAACUGUGGGAUGCAUUUUCUCUUCUUGAAGUCAUUUAAUAAAAUGCCAUAUUAAGCCCCGAGUUAAAAAUUUUUAAGAUAAGCAAGACAAACAUUUUCACUCAAAAAUAUUCAUCACUUGGGCAAAAGCGACUUCACGCGAUUACAAUUCACUCGAUGAAAGCGCGGAAACGAUGCCACCCCUCUCUCUGUUUUUCAAAAACAAUUUCGUAAACAAAAACAAUCCCCCGAGCGGCCGACAACAUCGCUCGCUGAGCUUUCGCGCGAGGAUCGCCGCAGCUCCGCGAUGCCUUUCCAGGUCACGACGCCGCGUGGUUGUCCGUGAACGGCGCCGCGACGUUCGGUCCGCGCGCCGGGGGGCAUCCCCAGGAUCGGACUGGGGGUACGAGCUCGCGACCCCCCCCCCCCCCCCCCCCCAGUAUAAUACAUAGCUUGUAGGUGCUACUGCCCGCCGUUUGAUGUCGACUUCACCCGUCGAGGCGACGCGCUCGCUGGCUCGCUCGCUGGCCGUGACGGGGGUUGUUUUCCGGCGAGGCAGAACACGCAACCCUCGGGGCCACGCCGCUUGACGCCCGUCGGGCGAGAAACGGCCACCGCAGAUCCUCUUCCCCGCACCGCCAUCCCCCGCGGCGGACGUCGCCGUUUACGGACGCUCACUCUCGACUUGCCGGCACUAUCUCCUCGGGACACGUUGUGCCAGCCGUCGAGAAAAGGAGCGAGUUUCAACAAACGAUUUGGCCUUUUUUUAUAUCUCGGUCUCGGCGUUUACAACGGGCGCCAUCCCUCAUUCCCGCCCGUCCGACGGCCGCUGCAAGGAGCGGUGGCCACGUCAAGCGGAUAAUAGUGGCGGCAAUUACGAACCUUUUGUCGUCGCGAGCUAUUUUUUUUUUUUUACAAAGGGAUAAAAUGUGGGUCGGUGCGCGGUUAUAAUCUAGCACGGUUUUCUGGCUUUGCCCAGCUUGUGAUGUGGUUUAGGGUUGCCAUCCUGUCCUGCUGUCCCCCUCGCCCCCCCCAAGACGUCCAAUUAGUUGAGGCAGCUGCAGUCUUGGGAAUUAUUUUGAAAUCUUCCCAGGGACCAUUACAAGUUGACUGUUAUUGUCACUCGCGUAAUAAUGAUAAUACACCGCUUAAGACGAAUGCAUCCAUGUGAACCUCUGUCCUCUGCUGGUAUUGUGAGAUAUUCUUAUUCCUCGUGAUAUGUCCCUGGUUUUUUAUUGUUCAGAUCUCAAGAGUUGGCAACCCGAGCGUGCCUGGUAAAUAGUCGCUCGACGUAAAACUUCUGUGCUCGUGUCACCUCCAAUUCGGCCACACACCUGGCACGGGAUGGUGGGGAUCGUAGGACGUGUCGCUCCGAGUACCCCCGGACUUUUCGUGUCGGGCCUCUGCGUUGCGACUGAUCCCGUGGCGUGCGGCUGUUGCUAUUUCCGGUUGGACCAAACAAUUUUGUACAAUUUUAAUAAAAAAACCCAAAAAAGAAAA